AUGCAUACCCCUCUUCUUUUCUUGUCUCUAUUAUCGACUGCGGGUGCGGUCCCGACCUACGGACACGGCACGACAUCGGGCUGGGACUCGGCAUACGCAAAGGCCCAAACUGCACUUGCAAAGCUCAGCCAAGAUGAAAAAGCCGGUAUCGUGAGCGGCAUGACCUGGGAAGGCGGUCCCUGUGUCGGAAAUACAUACGCCGCCAACUCGAUCGGUUAUCCAUCACUAUGUCUGCAAGACUCGCCACUAGGCAUCCGAUUUGCGAAUCCAGUCACCGCGUUUCCCGCAGGUAUUAAUGCCGGUGCGACCUGGGAUCGCAGCUUGUUGUAUGCGCGUGGUGCGGCGAUGGGGGCUGAGGCUAAAGGUCUUGGUGUUCAUGUUCAGCUGGGACCUGUUGCUGGACCGCUGGGCAAGAAUCCCGACGGCGGGCGCAAUUGGGAGGGCUUCUCUGUUGACCCUUAUCUAAGUGGUGUUGGGAUGGAAGAGACGAUUCGCGGAAUGCAGGAUUCGGGGGUGCAGGCAUGCGCCAAACAUUGGCUUGGCAAUGAGCAGGAGGUUUAUCGUGACACGAUCAGUUCUAAUAUGGGUGAUCGUGAGACUCACGAGUUAUACGUGUGGCCGUUUAUGAACGCGGUUAGGGCGGACGUUGCCUCUGUGAUGUGCUCUUACAAUAAAGUCAAUGGGACCUGGGCCUGUGAGAGCGAUGAGAUACUGAACGAUCUUAUGAAGAAUGAGCUCGGCUUUCGAGGCUAUAUUAUGAGCGACUGGAAUGCGCAACACACUGGAGUGAACAGUGCCCUGGCCGGACUGGACAUGACGAUGCCGGGAAGCGAUUUCAACACGCCGCGAGGCAGCAUUUUCUGGGGCUCGAACUUGGUCGAGGCCGUGUCCAAUGGCUCGGUGCCACAAUCUCGCCUGGAUAACAUGGUCACCCGUAUCCUGGCUGCCUGGUAUCUUGUCGAUCAAGACCAAGGCUAUCCGGCGGUUGCGUUUAGUUCUUGGAAUGGUGGUAAAGCCAGCGUCAAUGUGACUGCUGACCAUGCUACUGUUGCCCGCGCUGUAGCUCGGGACUCCAUCAUUCUAUUGAAGAACAAAGGCAAGACAUUGCCGCUUGGACGACCAGAAAGUCUGGCUAUUAUUGGGUCAGACGCUAUCGUCAAUCCUGGCGGACCAAACGCAUGCAGUGAUCGCAGUUGUAAUAACGGAACAUUGGCGAUGGGAUGGGGCAGUGGAACUGCUGAAUUCCCAUACCUCAUCGGACCCCUCGAGGCAAUUCAAAAGCACGCAGACCAGCAUGGCACAAAGAUAAUCACCAGCACCACAGAUGAUUCCACCGCAGGAGCAAAGGCCGCUGCCGCCGCCGAGACAGCGAUUGUCUUCAUCAACUCAGACUCAGGCGAAGGAUACAUCACAGUAGAAGGCAACGCAGGAGACCGCAACAACCUAGACCCCUGGCACAACGGCAACACCCUCGUACAAGCCGUCGCAGCCGCGAACAAGAACGUGAUAGUCGUCAUACACAGCGUAGGACCAGUGAUCCUAGAAACAAUCCUCGCCCAACCAUCCGUGAAAGCAAUAAUCUGGGCCGGACUCCCCGGCCAAGAGAGCGGGAACGCCCUCACAGACAUCCUAUUCGGAGCUACGUCGCCGAGCGGCAAAUUGCCCUACACAAUUGCCCGACAGCGCGCGGAUUACGGCGCGGGGUGGAUCAACGCGCAGAGCGACCCCUUUGCCGAGGGCAUCUUUGUUGAUUAUCGCCAUUUCGAUGAGCAGGGCCUUCAGCCGAGAUAUGAGUUUGGGUUUGGGCUGUCGUAUACCCAGUUUAAAUACAGCGGGUUUUCGGCGAAUGUUUUUACGACGCCGGGGCCUGCGGUUGGGUCUGUUGUUUCGGGUGGACCGGUGGAACUCUUUGAAUCUGUUGGAUCGGUUACGGUUCAGGUUGUGAAUAGUGGUUCGGUUGCAGGGGCGGAGGUCGCGCAGCUUUAUAUCGGGUUGCCGGAUUCGGCGCCGCCGAGUCCACCGAAGCAAUUGCGUGGAUUCCAGAAGGUCAAGCUACAGCCUGGGCAGGCUGGUACGGCUACGUUCGAGUUGACUCGACGGGAUCUGAGUUACUGGGAUACACUGACGCAGAAGUGGGUUGUUCCUAGUGGAAAAUUCAAGGUCUACGUCGGGGCUUCUAGUCGGGAUAUUCGCCAGAAAGGGACAUUUUCGGUUGGGAAUCGCUGA